AGGAAUUUUCUUUCAGUUUUUUGAAGAAUUUCUGAUUUGAAAAUUGUGAUAAAAAGAAAGAACUGAACAUGAAGACAAUCGUCAUUGCAUUGGCAUUUCUUGCCAUGGUUAAUGCUUUGGAUUCUUUGGAUUUAGAUGAUAUUCCACUUAGCAUGAUGGAUCGUCUAAAUCAUAUGAUUGAAAUGAAAAAGCAUUGGGAAGAGAGAUGGAGCACAAUGACUGCUGAAGAGAGAGAGACUUAUGAAAAAAUUUUGGUUGAACGUAUCAAGCACUUGCCUGACGUUGAACGUGUGAAAAUUUAUAGAGAAAUUGAAAGUAUGAAUCAAGAAAAUCGUUCAAAGCUUCUUGAAUAUCUUCGUGAUCGUUUUCCACUUGAUACUGGUCGAACUUUCACCGAUGAGAUUGAGGAAAUAGAUGAAAUUAUUAUGUCACUUCCAGAAUUGUUCCGUGAAAAACUCAACACUUUCAUUAAGAAACAUUUAUCUGAAGUUCGCUCAUAUAGCACCAACAACGAUAUCGAAGACGAUUUGGAAUUCCCUGAUGUCCCCGAAAUGGUUGAAAUUCCUCUUUCUGAUCCUAAUCAUCUCAGUGAACAUGUUCAAAAUGAAAUUGACGAUUUCUUGAUGAAACGUGAAGAAUGGAGACGAAAGUGGGAAAAUCUCUCAAGCGACGUUCGUGAACUUUUCGAAAAAUAUAUAAACGAAAAGUUAAAAUUGCAUUUAUCGCCACGUGCUUGACGAAAGGUAAGCUUUCAAUGGAGAAGUAUAAAGCCAAAUAUUCUCGAAUAAAGUUUUGAAAC